AAAUAUGUAAAUAGAUCUGAUUUAACUUAACUAUAAAAGACGGCAACAUCGAACCUAUCGUUGUCAGUCAAACAUCAUCAUUUCACUUUCAAAGACAUCUUUCGCCAAAACCAACAUGUUCAAAUUUGUCGUUUUUGCCGUAGCUGUUACGUUGGUCUUUGCUCAGCAACCACAGCAUUAUCUCAGUCCAGAAGGAGCUGCCGAAAUCAAAAGUUACGCAAGUGACAUCAGCCCAGACGGAUCAUACCAAUACGCCUAUGAAACCACCAACGGAAUAGCUGCCCAAGAACAAGGUGUUGGAGGCCGUCAAGCUCAAGGAGGCUUCUCUUACACUUCACCUGAAGGAAUUCCAAUUCAAAUUGCCUACACUGCUGACGAGAACGGAUUCCACCCAGAGGGUGCCCAUUUGCCAAUCCCUCCACCAAUUCCACAAGAAAUCUUGAAGUCUCUGGAGUGGAAUGCCGCCCAUCCAGAAGAAGAGGACCCACAAUACGAAAUCGCCUCACGACGUCUUUGAAUUGUUGAAUUUGAUAGAUUUGUAAAUAAAACUAUUUAUUAGUCACUUUUUAUAGAAA